CGCCCUUUCGGCUAUCCCCAAUGGGGAGUAAGCUGUUACUCAAAAGGAGGCAACAAAAGCGUCAACGUGGAGUUGAGAGGAGCGGAAGUAGUCAGAUUUCGCUGAGGGCCGUAAAGCGGGUAGUAUUUUCGCCUUCCGGAUAACGACAGCAGCUCCUACUGUCAGUGCCGGCCUUCCUCGUGCCGGACCCUUCCUAAUUCAAUUUCCUUCCCAUUCCGGGCCCUUCCCUAUCGUCGCCCCCUUCACCUUGGAUCAUGUUCAAGAAAUUUGAUGAAAAAGAAAAUGUGUCCAACUGCAUCCAGUUGAAAACCUCGGUUAUUAAGGGUAUUAAAAAUCAAUUGAUAGAGCAAUUUCCAGGUAUUGAACCAUGGCUUAAUCAAAUCAUGCCUAAGAAAGAUCCUGUGAAAAUUGUCCGAUGCCAUGAACACAUAGAAAUCCUUACAGUAAAUGGGGAAUUACUGUUUUUUAGACAAAGAGAAGGGCCUUUUUAUCCAACCCUAAGAUUACUUCAUAAAUAUCCUUUUAUCUUGCCACAUCAGCAGGUUGAUAAAGGAGCCAUCAAAUUUGUCCUCAGUGGAGCAAAUAUCAUGUGUCCUGGCUUAACUUCUCCUGGAGCUAAGCUUUACCCUGCUGCCGUAGAUACUAUUGUUGCAAUCAUGGCAGAAGGAAAGCAACAUGCUUUGUGUGUUGGUGUCAUGAAGAUGUCUGCAGAAGAUAUUGAGAAAGUCAACAAAGGAAUUGGCAUUGAAAAUAUCCAUUAUUUAAAUGAUGGGCUGUGGCAUAUGAAGACAUAUAAAUGAGCCUCAAAAGGAAUGUGCUUGGGCUAAACAUGGCUAUUAUGCUAUAUCUGUGUUUGUGUCUGUGUGUAGCAGCAUGAAGACAAUGCCUCUAUGGUUAUGCUGAAUAAAUUCUGUGGAUGCUAAAA